GCAAACUGGGCGCGAACGUCCUCCAAAUCUGCUCCGAAAGCGAAACCGUAGCCAUUUUGGCUCAAGUUCGAGCCUUUGGUUCAAGGCCUUUGGAGUUGAGGCUUUGCUUCGCUCUGUUGGGCGUGCCCAGCAGCUUUGCUAUCGCAGGGCCGGUCCGUCGGACCGACAUCGAGCGCUCGCUCAGCAGCCUCCAGGGCAGGAUGGGAAGCUGCGUCGAGGCCUUCAUUCCGCACGGCGAUCGUGUGGACGAUGUGGGCAAUGAGGACGCCGGCGAGAAUGGCUCCUUGACCACAUCUAAAGGCAGAGAGACGCUAGCUCAUAUAGGAUACCGCUCAGACGUGGAUGGACUGCGAGCCGUCGCUGUGCUGAGCGUCAUCGCCUACCACAUGAACACAAGAUGGCUGCCAGGAGGCUACGCCGGAGUCGAUAUUUGUUUGUCAUUUCUGGAUAUGUUGUGACUGCGUCUCUGCUCAGUCACUAGUCACUCGUGCGGCAGCUGCUCGGAGUUCUUCUGCGGUUUCUACGCCCGCAGGGUCAAAAGGCUGACCCCAGCGUUGCUAAUUUCCAUGGCGUCCUGUGGACUCUACAUCGCCAUCAUGGUACCGCCCAUGACUCCUCACUUGGAGGAUAACUUCGCAGCCGCCGCCAGUGCGCUCUGCGGCGCUUCCAACGUGUUCUUCGCGCGGCUCUCCCAGGCGACUGGCGACGGCUACUGGGACGCGAUGACGGGACAGAGUAGGAACGCCGCCAAUCCAUUCGUGCACACCUGGUCUCUUGGCGUAGAGGAGCACUUCUACCUCGUGUUUCCCCUUCUCGUCUUGCUCGCGCACGGCUGCCGAGUUGUUCCCUCGGCUGGCUGCCGUCCGCCAUGGCCGGCAUCCCUCAUCAUCCUUGGGGCGUCCGCUGUGCUCUCCGGUUGUGCAUCGCGGGUGAUGACCGUGCACGUCCCAGACAUGGCCUUCUAUCUGCUGCCCGCGCGCUUCUGGGAACUGGCGGUCGGCGCCAUCCUCGCCGACGCCCACGCUGCUGGGAGGCUGGACAUGACAGCGGACGGGAGAAGCGCAGCAGUGGUGGGGGCUCAGGACCUGGUGGCCACACUGCUAAUAGCCUCGAGCCUCGUGCUUGACACGGUCGGCGUGGGCUUCCCCUUUCCCGGCGCGCUGCUUCCCGUGGCGGGCGCCGCUUGCGUCAUCAUGGCAGGGCGGUGCGAGUCGAGCGCCCUGAGACGCGUCCUGGGGCAGGAGCUGCCAGUGUACAUCGGCAAGCUGUCCUAUCCUCUCUACCUGUGGCACUGGCCUGUUCUUAAGUUCGCUGAGGGGACUGUGUUGGACGAUAUGCCCGUCGCCUGGAGGUACCUCCUGCUGCUCUCAGUCAUGCUCGCGCUGGCCUCUGCGACGUACCACGCGGUGGAGGAGCCUUUCCGGUCUUGGCGGCCCAAGGCCCACUGGCACGCGUUCGCCGUGCUGCUGCCCGCCGCUGUCGUCUUGGCGGGCUGCAUGCUCGCACUUCGCGGCCCGCUGUUCGGCAAGCUGAGCGUGUCGGCAGGAAACUCAGAGGUCCCUUCCGCAACCAUGGCCUCGACCUCGAGCAGCCCAGGGGAACACGUCCAUCUCGAGCAGCUCGCCCCCGCGAGCCAUGACCUGGCUUUAACAGCUUGCGCGUGCGGCAGGGUUCCUGAAUUCACGCAUGCGCCAGCGACUGCUAACGAUGGCAGGGAUGGUCAGCCAUCUUGCUUGGACAUGAGCGGUGGCUCUGAGCUGAACAAGAGCUGCUGGGCCGUCUAUCAUCGUUGCAGCGGCGAUGAAUGGUGCGACGGUGAGUGCGAGCUUCAAGGGAAAAACUGCACGCAGGAGAAGCGCAUGGACGAAGCCUUGAUCGAGCUCUUCGACAGGCAGAAGCGGCAGUGCUUAUCGCCAGCGACAAAAGCACAGAGGAAGCCCACGAUCUUCUUAUUGGGUGACUCGCACGCGCUCUUCUUCAAGCAUGCUCUGACGCAAGCAGUGAGCGGCAGAAUUGAUGUGCGUUCGUGGGCCAGCGUCCACUUCAUCGAUGGCUUUUGGGAAUCCAAUCUUGAUCCCCACAGAGGAUAUCCAAGUAAAAGGUAUCAUGCCGAGCUUCGGGAGCUGAUUGCAGACGAUCUGGUGCCUGGCGACAUCGUGGCCAUCGGCCUAUUCAUAGAUGGGGUGAUCGGCUCACAAGUUGACAUUGUCACGUCCUUCCUGAACGAUUGGGUAACACUUGCCGACAAUAAGAGUGCCAGAGUCCUCAUGCUUGGGGAUCAUCACUCGUACAUUCAAUACUGGCCAGACGUCCCCACGAAGUGCAGUAAUCUUGGGUUGCCGGCAGAUCUGCGCAGUCAUUGUUUUCCUAAAAAACAGGACGUGAUGAACUCGGCGAUCACCUUGAGGCUUCGGGAGUUGCAAAGGACUUCCAGCCUGUUGCUCUUUGAGUACAGGGACCUCUUCUGUCACGGGGACAUUUGCAUGCCCUUCAUUCCUGGCAGCAACGUCAUGGCGUACCAGGAUCCCCAUCACUUGACGGCAGCUGGCUCCCUGUACGUGGCGCCCUCAUGGUUCUUGGAAGAAGCAUGGGUUCCUUCAGAACGACAGCGGUAUACAGUAGUUACGUACCAGACAGGACGGAAGCAAC